ACUCGCAUGGUUAAAAUGUAUAUUUCGGUGACUUGUUUAUUUUGCCCCAAUAAAAAUUCGAAAUGAACAAUCUAAAAAAAUCAGUGGACGAGGAGACAACAAAAGGCGAGAAAGAAGAUUCAUCAAGUUCAGUGCAGGCGACGGAGCCGUCAGAUUCAGGAAUGGCUGCUGCUUCCGCCACGGACGGCGUAGCUGCGACGGCACUACGGUCGGUAAUUCAGCGGGUUGAACACGCGGCUGAACGCUGUGGCCGCAGAUCGGACCAAGUAAGGCUGGUGGCUGUAAGCAAAACGAAGCCGGUAUCUCUCCUCAAGCAAGUUUACGACGCCGGUCACCGUUGCUUCGGUGAAAAUUACGUCAAAGAGCUUGUCGAGAAAGCUCCUCAGCUUCCAGAUGAUAUAGCGUGGCAUUUCAUAGGGAAUUUGCAGAGCAAUAAAGUCAAACCACUUUUAACUGGGGUGCCAAAUCUUGCUAUGGUGGAGACUGUAGAUGAUGAAAAGAUUGCAAAUCAGCUUGACCGUGUGGCUGGGAACAUUGGAAGAAAGCCCUUGAAAGUUUUUAUCCAAGUUAAUACAAGUGGGGAAGAAACUAAAUCUGGUGUUGAACCAGAUGGGUGUGUGGAACUCGUGAAACAUGUUUCUUCAAAUUGCCCGAAUCUUGAAUUCUGUGGCCUGAUGACUAUUGGAAUGCCAGAUUAUACGUCGACUCCUGAGAACUUUAAGACUUUAGCAAGAUGUAGAAGUGAGGUUUGCGAGGCACUUGGACUAUCUGAAGAUCAAUGUGAGCUGUCAAUGGGCAUGUCAGGCGACUUUGAACUUGCUGUUGAGAUGGGCAGUACAAAUGUUCGAGUUGGAUCUACUAUAUUUGGUGCAAGGGAAUAUCCAGCGAAGCAGUUGAACUAGAUUGAUGAACCCAUGUUAGUGAGAGAGCCUGAGCCAAACUUGUACCUUAAAAUUUUGCAGCUUGAUGGCAGAAUCUGGAGCGUUUUGCCCAUUCCUGAUAUGAGCAGUUUCUUGUUUGUACAAUGCGACUAUGGAACUCAUUGGCUAUGUGGCCUAUAGCAUCCGUUUGUAUUUCUAUUUAUUAUUACUGCCGACUGCUGAGCAUAGUCUGGAGCUGCGAUCUAGAUGUUCUUAAUAAUGUCUUGGGAUUUGAUAUACUCUCUUCUAGAUGUACUAAUUGAUGAUAUAUCUGUAGAAUACUUUUCUCAUGAUCUAGUCGGCUGGUUUUGGA